AUGGGAGGACGACCUCCAACUUCUAUCAUCAUUGACCAAGACUUGGGAAUGAAAGGAGCUAUUGCCAAGGUCUUUCCCAACACCCGUCAUCGUUUAUGUCUUUGGCAUAUUAAGAAGAAAUUUGUGGAAAAGUUGUCACAAGUGUACUAUAAGAGAUCGAAAUUCAAGAAGGAUAUGAAAGAAUGUAUUAGGAGGACAUACAAGAAAGAGGAUUUUGAAAAGAGAUGGAUGUUAUUGAUGAAGGAAAAUGGGUUAGAAAGCAACCAAUGGCUUCAAGGGUUGUUUGAUAUUCGAGAAUCAUGGGUACCCGUUUAUAAUCGUGGUACAUUCUUCGCUGGUAUGAAUACGACCGGACGUAGUGAGGGCAUCAACUCAUUUUUUGAUGGUUUUGUAACUCACACGUCAAAUCUCAAAGAAUUUGUGGUGAAGUAUGAGAAAGCCUUGAGUAGGAUUGUGAAAAGGGAAAAUGAUGAAGAUUUUGAGUCUGAACAUAAGUUUCGGAUUGUUAAUGACCUUUUGUUGAAGCAUGCGGGGAAAAUAUAUACUAGAAAUGUCUUUAACAAGUUCAAGGAUGAAUGGAGUAAAGUCUUUCACUACAAAGUUGAAAAUGUGAUAAAUGGCGAUGGUUUUCAAUCUUUCGUAGUGAAGUCAAAAGAUGAUGAACUUGAAAAGUUCGAGGUGACAUUGGAUUCACAAACCUAUGAGGGUAAGUGUGAAUGCCAACAAUUUGAGUUUGUUGGGAUAUUGUGUGCGCACAUUUUGAAAGUGUUCGUUCGAUUAGACAUUGAUGAAAUACCGAAACAUUUUAUUCUUCCACGAUGGAGGCAAAAGGCCAACAAAUUUAGGAUAAUUGAUUUCCAAGGAUUGGUGCAUGACGACGGCAAAGAAGCAUCUGAGGCAUUAAGACUUAGUCAUAUGUGUCAAGAAGCUACAAAAUUGGCUUGUUUGGCCGCCCCAUCAAAUGAGGCAUACAAAAUUUUUAUUAAAGGUAUGAAUGAUUUAUUCGAGAAGAUCCAAGAAGUUUCUAAGGUGUCUCCAAUUGAAAUUUGUGCUGAAAAAGAUAUCGAGAAAUCUAUCGAGCCAUCGCCGUCUCAAAUGUUGCUUUUGGAUCCGAACAUCUCAAUUUGCAAGGGUAGGAAAAAGGAUGUCAGGGGCAAAGCCGCUACUACACAGUCCGAAAGAUUGAAAAGCAAUAUUGAGAUGUCAUUAAAUAAGAAGAAAAGAAAGUGUCACAUGUGCUUUCAAUUUGGACAUGACAAGAGAACUUGUCCUUCGAAUCCAAUGCGUAAAACUAACAAAGGUUACUCAAUUACUAAUUCUAUUUUUCUUAUUGACGUAGAUGUUCUUAUUUACUAA